AUGGCGAUUCUGUACACAAGGAUCGGAUUCCUUCUCUUUGCCUUCCUCGUAUCUUCUUCAAUCUCCGUCUCUGUAUCUCUCACCUUCUCUCCCGCCGACGAGUCCCUCAUAAACUGUGGCUCCGACGUUGACUCCACUGUCGACAACCGCGUCUUCGUCUCCGACGCAUCAUCAGCAUCCAACGUGAAGCUCUUCUCACCGGAAGGAUCAAUCGCUCUCCAAGGAGAAUAUCUAUCUCUGAAUGUUCCUCAGAUCUACCGGACCGCCAGGAUAUUCGCGCGACAGGCGAAAUACGAGCUCAAAGUCGGCGAGAAAGGGACUCAUAUGGUACGUCUCCAUUUCAAUCGCCUCAAUUCCUCUAAAAUCAAUCUCAGCGACGACGCUGAAUUCCACGUUACCGUCAACGGACACGUCGUGCUUAGGAAUUUUAGAGGCGGUUACGACGAGUCUAGGGUUAGAGAAUUCCUGAUUUGGGUCGAUGCCGGAGAGGUCGUAAUCAGGUUGAUUCCUAGUAGAGACUCGAAAUUAGCAUUCGUCAACGCCAUCGAAGUGAUAUCUGCGCCGAAGGAUUUGAUCGCUGACACUGCAACCUCUGUAUCUCGUGAUGGAACUGGGAAACUCAAUGGCUUAGCAAAACAAGCCAUGGAAGUGGUUUACAGAAUCAAUGUUGGUGGAAGAAAAGUGACUCCUUUCAAUGACACAUUGUGGAGAACUUGGGUUACCGACGAUGAAUACUUGAAAGCCGGUCAUGCCUCUGAGAAAGCUUACUUCACCGGUAGGAUCAAGUACAGGCCCGGAGGUGCGAGCCGGGAAGUUGGUCCUGAUAACGUCUACAACACCGCCCGUGUGGCUAGGAGAAGCAGCGGUGUGGUUCCUGAGGUGGAUAUGAGCUGGGAUUUCCCGGUUAGCGCCGAUUACAAACAUCUAAUCCGGAUGCAUUUCUGUGACAUAGCGAGCAAAUCACUCGGUUUGCUAUAUUUCAACAUUUACAUCAACGGGUACUUGGCCUAUGGAGAUUUCGAUAUCUCGUACGCUGCGGAUAAUGUCCUUGCUUCCCCUUAUUACAUUGAUUUCGUGGUCGAUGCUACUGUUGAUUCAAGAUCAUCGAUUACCCUAAGUGUUGGACCAUCAAACAUGACUAGUGUUGGUGAAGGCGGGCUUGAUGCGAUCUUGAACGGUGUUGAGAUCAUGAAGAUGAGUAACUCGUUGGGCAGUCUCGAUGGGUUUGUUUCAGCUGAUACGAUUCUGACUUCUUGCCCAAACAGAAGAAACCUGAGCAUAUUUAUCGCGAUGAUGGCGUUUAUGUGUAUAUUUAUGAGCUUUUACAUUGCGACUCAAAGGAAGAAAGUUAGGGAUGACUAUGGCUGGACCAAGCUAUCCAUGGAUGUUCGUGAAGAUAAUCCAAAGUCCGGGCAUCAAUUUGCGUCAAGACUGCCUUGA